GCAAUUCUUGUGCUGACUACUAGCUCCUCCGUCUCCUCCUCCAUCCGAGUCUAGAAGCUUCUGGAAGACAGUUCCCAAGUUCUCUUCUCGCGCCAUGGGCAACGGCCUCUCCCCGUGCUUGACCAUCCCGGCCACGCCCCCCGCGGCGGCGAGGCUGGUGUACUGGGGCGGGCGGACGCGGGUGCUGCUCGUCAACGACGAGGAGGACGACUGCCUCGAUGGCGCGGGGUGCUCCACGGCGGGGGACGUGGCGGCCGAGCUGCUCCCGCCCGGCGGCCACGUCGUGUGCCCGUCCGACAGCUUCUUCGUCGGCCUCCCUAUCCCGAUCACGCCGCCUGGCGAGCGGCUCCUGCCGGGGCGCACCUACUUCGUGCUCCCCUCCGCGCGCUUUCCCUCCUCCGACGGCAAGGCGCCGGUGCUCACCGCCGCCACGCUCGCCUCGCUGUCGGCCACGCCGGGGAGCAAGAAGCGGGUGUCGCUCGCCGGCCCCGGCGAGUGCCCGUUCGAGUACGUCAAAGGCGGCGAGGACGGCACCGCGCCGCUCAUCAGGGUCCUCCCCGAGUUCAUCGAGAAGGUGAUCGCCUGCGACGGUGCCGCUGACGGCGGCGCUGUCCGGCGCGGCAAGUGCGGCGUCGCGGGUGUAGCGUCGGCCACGGAGCUGUGCAGCACGCCGGAGCUCAAGAGGCACUACGCGCAGCUCGUGGGGCCGAGGGGCCGGCCGUGGUCGCCCAGGCUGGAGACCAUAUCGGAGCGCAGCAAGAGGCGGGUGUUCCCGUCGCCGGCCAGACUGCUGCUGUUGGCUUCGCACUAGCCGGCGAUUCUUCGAGAGCCACCACUAAUUAAUUGACGUGCAUAGAUGUCCAUUCAGAUUAACGCUAGGUAGAGAGCUAAGAAGAGGUCAAUAAAUAGUUAGAAAGGAUCAGGGAUACAUUCCAAACACAAAUGUACAGAGAUUUUCUGAAACUGAGGUAACUACAUAUAGUAAUGUG